UCUAAAUCAAAAUUACUAAAAAUUAAACCUGUAUUAAAAUUUCAGCUGGAUCCCAAUUUUUAGGAAGACUCCAACCAAAGUAGAGCCGCACAACCUUACUCCAAACCACAUCUUCAGGGUAGGUUGGUUGGAGAGUGAAUUCUAAGCAAAGCAGAGGCUUACCAGAAACCCCUUUCUAUUAUUAUUAUUAUUAUUAUUAUUAUUAUUAUUAUUAUUAUUAUUAUUAUUAUUAUUAUUGCUUUCAAAUAAAUUUGUUUGUAACACUUGGAUUCGACUCUUUUUGCUUGCUUAAAUCACUGGAUUUUUGCAUAUCUUCUUCUAAGCGAACACAUGCCAAUUGAGGUUCAGAUUCAGUAGUUAUGGAAAGGAAUGAUUAUGCUUUGCUGUAAUUGGAGAUGGAUCGUCGAAGUUGGUUGUGGAGAAGGAAGUCUUCAGAGAAGAAUCCUGGCGAAACUGACAGCCCUGGAUCUAUCUCAUCCCACUUUGAAAGAUUUUCAGAUGAUCAGGCAUAUCCAACUCAUAAUCCUCAGUCGCCAGAAGUCACUUCUAAGGCAGUACCACGAGAUGAAGAAAUUACUGACAAUGUGAAGACUUUAACACUCGAACUUUCUGCUGCUCUUUUGAACAUCAGUGCUAAGGAAGAGUUGGUAAAGCAGCAUGCCAAAGUUGCAGAAGAAGCAGUCUCAGGGUGGGAGAAAGCUGAAAAAGAAUUGGUGGCUUUAAAGCAACAACUUGAGGUUGCUGUAAAGAAUAAAGUUGGACUUGAAGAUAGAGUUGGCCAUCUGGAUGCAGCACUUAAGGAAUGUAUGAGGCAACUACGGCAAGCUAGAGAAGAGCAGGAGCAAAGGAUCAAUGAAGCUCUUGCCCAGAGAAUUCGUGAAUGGGAAUCUAUCAAGUCUGAGCUUGAGACCAAGCUUGUUCAGCUUGAGGCACAACUUCAAACUGCUAAAAGUGAAGCAACAACAUCAGUUGAUUCUGAUCUUCGACGAAAGCUUGAGGCUGCAGAGAAAGAUAACUCUUCCCUUAAACUUGAGCUCCUUUCUCAAGCUGAGGAGCUAGAAAUUAGGAUUAUGGAGAGGGACCUAAGCAUCCAAGCAGCUGAAACAGCUAGCAAACAACAUUUGGAAAGCAUAAAGAAGGUUGCUAAGCUUGAAGCUGAGUGUCGUAGGCUAAAAACCUUUGCUCUUAAAGCAUCCCCUUCAAAUGAUCAUAAAUCAUUGACUGCCUCUUCAAUUUAUGUUGAAUCGUUUGCAGACAGCCAGUCUGAUAGUGGGGAGAGGCUGCUGGCGGCUGAAAGUGAUGCACACAAAAUUAGCAGGUUGGAGAUAAAUGAAUGUGAGCCAAGUUGUUCGGACUCAUGGGCAUCUGCUCUUAUCACUGAACUUCAUCAAUUCAAGAAUCAUAAGGCUCUUGGAAGUAACCUAAUGGUUCCUUCUGUAGAAAUUGAUCUCAUGAAUGAUUUUCUGGAAAUGGAAAGACUUGCAGCUUUACUGGAUACAGAAAGUGGAAUUGCUUACCUAGAGGCAGGACCAUUAUCAGAUCAAGCAAAUGGUGUUGAAAGCCUAAGGAAAGCUGAACUUGAAACCAUGAUUCAACGGACUUCUGAAUUGGAGGAAAGGUUAGAGAAAUUAGAGGGAGAAAAAGUUGAAUCAGAAAAGGCUUUGACUGAGUGCCAGAGGCAGCUUGAGAUGUCUCAAAGUGGGCUAAAAGAAGUGGAGGGAAAGUUGGUUGAGCUGCUAGUUCAGUUAGCUCUUUCAAAUGAAACAAAACAAUUGAGAGACCAAGAGAUGGAGCACAUCAAAGCAAAGAGAGAUGUUGCAGAGUCUCAACUCUUAGUUGCUGAAGCCGAAAUCAAAACCUUGCUUUCUAAAGUUGGUUUAUUAGGUGAAGAGGUUGAGAAGGAGCAUGCUUUGUCGACAGAAACUUUAGCAAAGUGUCAGAAAUUGGAGGAUGAGCUUUCAAAAAAGAAGCAUGAAGCUGACCUCCAGCAUGAGGCCGAGCUCAGGCGUGUUGCAAGUUGUAAUGAGGAGUUGAGGAUAAAGCAGGAGAAAGAGCUAGCAUUUGCUGCAAGUAAAUUUGCUGAGUGCCAGAAAACAAUCUCAUCUCUUGGUCGUCAGUUGAAAUCUCUCAAGACAAUGAAAGACUUCCUGCUGGAUUCUGAGAAUUCGUUAGACCUCACUGGUGAAGGACUGCAGUGUCCUAUAAAUGUUGGGGAACAUUGGAAAUCGCCUUCCGGUGAUAAAUGUAAUCGGGUAGAUUCCGAAUCUUUUAAAUUGAUAGAUGAUUCUUUGACACUAUGCUUGGACUAAGGAAAAUAGGAGUGACAAAAAAAAAGGAAAAUGGAAGAAAUUUUCAUCUC